AUGAUUUGCAGGGCUCACGAUGCCACCAACAAGUUCUACCGCAUCAGCUCGCCGCAGUCGAAGAACGAUUGCAUGUCAAACGUGUCGUCAACGCAAAGUACGCUGCAGCCUGAAUGUCACCGGGGUGCCAUGUAUCGGCUGCACUCAGGACCGUACUCCAUGUAUAGUUACAACAAGGCGAGGGCAGAAGUAAGAUGGAAGCUUAUGUUGUAUUCUAGAUCUGAGAAACACGGUGGGCCGGUUCUCCUUGCAAACCCUCAGAGUCCCGAUCAGGGGCUUUUGCAGACCCCAGCACGUAGAGUGGAGCUCCCCGCGUUCCAAGUUCAGCCACAGCAACAUGUUCCUCUGAACGUAGAAGCCACCGCAACUCGCGAAGCGCAUGAUAUCGAAGAUGAAGAGCGCAAUGGUGAUGAAAUUGCAGCGGCCGCUUUAGGGCAACCCCGAAGAGUAGGCGAAAUUCCUUUCUACACAGGUAACUAG